UAUAUUUUUAAGUUUAUUGCCUUCCUACUACUUGUUUAUCAAAUGAGUUCUGCACUUUUAAAAUACAUAUCCAGGCCCACAGUUGUCUCAACUAAAUAUAAACGACUGGACGAGGUUGUGUUGCCUACAGUCACUAUUUGUAGCUAUGAUCAGUAUGAUUGGUUUGCUGCUAGGGAUUUAGGAUACAAAUAUAGAACAAGCUUUUACUGUGGACUACUAGAUGAUGGGGUGACUGGACAGUUGUCUUGGGGAGGCUUCGCGGGACGGGACUUUGAAGAAACAAAAAAAAUAUUGUACAAAGCAAAUUUUGAUGCCAUAAUUGUUCACAAUGUUUCCUUUACAGAAAAAUUCAUUAUUCCCCAUGGAAACUGUAAAGAAUUGAACAAUUAUAACACUUCUGAAACUUUAAUGGUGAACAUCACCAAAGGACAUGUGGAUAUGUUUGUUACAGACCCAGCAAAAACACUGUACUACAAAGUGUCUACACUUUCUAUGCUUGGAGAUGAAAUAAAUCUUGCAACAGACGAAAAAGAACCAACAAAACUACUUUUAGAUUACUUAAUACAUGUAAAGCAGACAGUAUUGGACCCAAAAAACCCUAAUGAAGAAUGCACGGAUUAUCAGGAUGAAAGCACAUACUUCUCCCAGGCUGAAUGUAUAGAAACCACGUUCCAGAGAAGAAUUGAAGAAGAUAUUGGUUGCAAUAUACCAUGGAUGUCACCGACUAAUAGUUGCCGAGGAAUAGUAAACAAACAAUACUCAGAAACCAUCUUAAACGAUCUUAAGGAUUUUUGGGAACAGUUGAAACUAUCUCUAGACCCUAAAACUAAGGACUGUAAGGUUCCCUGCCUUGAAACUAAGAUUACCUCUAGAAAGCUAAGAUCCACACGAAGUUUAAACGGUGAAAACUAUAUAAGAAUAAGAUUUAAUCCUCUGGUUGAAAUAACCAGAAGCGUAUCAGAUUACGAUGAAUGGAACCUAAUUGUUGAACUUGGUAGUGCUCUUGGUCUUUGGUUAGGGUUGUCUAUAGUCAAUGUUUUUGACAACACUAUAACUUUAAUUAGAAAAGUUAUCGUGCUUCUAUGUAAAAAAAUUUAAAUUUAAUUCUUAUCAAAAUUUAUGUGUAUGCAUGGCU